CACGGAAGCAUCGCCACUUCUGAAGCUCGUUGAAAAGGGCCAAGCAACUGAGCAUAGCCAUUUCGGAAGGAAAAAAACCGACAUCUACCGAAAUGGCUUCUGAUAAUCCUACUGAGCAUCAGCUUCCGAAAGUAGAUUUCUCCGCCUCCGAUUUGAGCCCGGGAAGCGUCUCUUGGGACUUGGUCCGUGGUGACGUCGUGGCCGCGCUCGAAGAGUACGGAUGCUUCGAGGCGGUGUGCGAUCAGCUCUUCGACUGGGAGCUUCACUUGAGCCUCUUUCGAGCCGUGACACAGCUGUUUGAGCUGCCGGAAGAGACUAAGAGAGGUUUCGCAGAUGCCAAGAGACCGUACGACGGCUACGUCGCGAACCUCCAUUUUGCUCCAGGGUAUCAGGCCAUGGGGAUCGGUGGAGUCCUUGACUCUCCGGCGAUUCGGGACUUCACGGAUCUCAUGUGGCCUGACGGGAAUGCGAAGUUCUGCGAGAUUGUGCAGUCCUAUUCAUCGAAGGAAUCAGAACUAGAGAAGAUGGUGAAGAGAAUGAUCCUGGAGGGCUUGCAAUUGCCGGUAGAAAAAUAUCGCGACGAUGUCAUCGAGAAGACGAGCUAUUUCCUCCGGAUAAUGAAGUACGACGCGCUCGAGGAAGAAGGGACUGAGGAAGUCGGCGGAAUCAAUCAUUGCGACUCGAACUUCAUGACCAUUCUUCGUCAGGAGGGAGCGGUAAACGGCCUGGAGGUCAAGGCCAAGGAUGGCCAGUGGAUUAGGGCAACUACUUCAGCUUCCUCCUUCAUAGUCAUACUGGGAGAUGCAAUCCAUGGAUGGUCCAAUGGGAGAUUGUACAGUCCGGUACACCGGGUGGUGAUGACCGGGACUCGAGCAAGGCAUUCCCUAGGCCUUUUCUCGACGAUCAAAGGCGUGAUCCGGUGCCCCGGGGAGCUGGUCGACGAACAGCACCCCUUGCUUUUCAAGCCCUUUGAAGAAAUCGAUCUCGUGCGACAUCAUCGCAUACUCGAGACCGAAGAAGGUUGGGAGCUUGAGUCGACUCUUAGAGCUCGUUCUCUUUUGUGAGGGAGAAAACUAGUUCUUGGUUUGAUUUCUUUUCCUGCUUUCAUUGUAUGCAUGGGAGGUUCGAGAUGAAAGAUUUCUAUAUUGUACCGUCAAUUUCUGAUCAAUAUCUUUCGAGAUUGUGUACGUCAUGA